GUGUUCACUCUGUCAGACCUGCAGUCAGAAGGAGCAGCUCCGUUCCUGCAGCUGUCUUUGUUUCCUGCAGGAGGAGGAGGAGCGGCAGCAGGAGGAGGAGGAGGAGGCGCCUCCUGAAGAAGAGCCCCGAUCGGAAGGAGGAAAGAUAUGAGCUCCUCAUCCUCGACUUAAACGGCAGAGUCAAACGGACAGAGGAGGAGGAGGACGUUUUUUUUUUUUUUUUUUUUUUACCUGUGAGCCGCGCGCGCGGAGCCGCAGACAUCAUGCCCGGCUUCGACUACAAGUUCCUGGAGAAACCCAAGAGACGCUUCCAGUGUCCUCUGUGCAGCAAGGCCAUGAGGGAGCCUGUCCAAGUGUCCACCUGUGGACACCGCUUCUGUGACACCUGCCUGCAAGAAUUCCUCAGUGAGGGCGUCUUCAAGUGUCCAGAGGAUCAGCUGCCUUUAGAUUAUGCCAAGAUCUACCCAGAUCCAGAGCUGGAGCAGCAGAUCCUGGCUCUGGCCAUCCGCUGCAUCCACAGCGAGGAGGGCUGCCGCUGGACGGGCCAGAUGAAGCAGCUGCAGGGCCACUUCUCCACCUGCGCCUUCAACGUGAUCCCGUGUCCCAACCGCUGCUCCGUCAAGCUGACGCGCCGCGACCUGCCCGACCACCUGCAGCACGACUGCCCCAAGCGCAAGGUCAAGUGCGAGUUCUGCGGCAGCGAGUUUACCGGAGAAGCCUACGAGAACCACCAAGGCGUGUGUCCUCAGGAGAGUGUUUACUGUGAGAACAAAUGCGGGGCGAGGAUGAUGCGUCGCCUGCUGUCCCAGCACAGCAUGGCCGAGUGUCCCAAACGCACGCAGCCCUGCAAAUACUGCGGCAAAGAGUUCGUCUUCGACACAAUCCAGAACCACCAGUACCACUGCCCUCGCUUUCCAGUCCAGUGUCCGAACCAGUGCGGCACCCCCAACAUCUCCCGUGAAGACCUGGCCAACCACGUGAAGGACAACUGCGGCAACGCACUCGUCCUCUGUCCUUUCAAAGACGCCGGCUGCAAACACAGAUGCCCCAAACUGGCCAUUAGCCGACACCUAGAAGACACCACCAAGUCCCACCUGACCCUGAUGUGCAACCUGGUGGGCCGCCAGCGGCAGGAGAUCAUGGAGCUUCGACGGGAGAUGGAGGAGCUGUCCGUCAGCCACGACGGGGUUCUCAUCUGGAAAAUCAACGACUACUCCCGCAAGCUCCAGGAAGCCAAGCUCAGAAGCAACCACGAGUUCUUCAGCCCGCCCUUCUACACCCACCGCUACGGCUACAAGCUGCAGGUGUCGGCCUUCCUGAAUGGGAACGGCAGCGGAGAGGGCUCCCACCUGUCCGUCUACAUCCGGGUGCUGCCGGGAGAGUACGAUAACCUGCUGGAGUGGCCCUUCUCCUACAAGGUGACGUUUUCCAUCAUGGACCAGAGCGACCCGUCUCUCUCCAAACCCCAGCACAUCACAGAGACCUUCAACCCAGACCCCAACUGGAAGAACUUCCAGAAGCCCAGCAGCAGCCGCAACUCGCUGGACGAGAGCACCCUGGGCUUCGGCUACCCCAAGUUCAUCUCGCACGAGGAGAUUAAGAAGAGGAACUACAUUCGAGACAACUUCAUCUUCAUCAAGGCGUCUAUAGAGAUUCCCCAAAAGAUAAUGGGUUGAGAUCCGACCGUUUUUUGUUUUUUUUUUCCCGCUCACGAAGGAGUAAGAUGGGUUAAAGACUGGAACUGAUACUUGACCUUGAAAACUUCUUCACAUUUACCCUUUAGAGACUUUCUGUCCUCAGCCUCGCCCACCACAGAGCUAAAGUGAGUCUGUUUGGUCGUACGAGCUGGAUCGGAGGAACUUGUAUCGCAGAGGAGGAAGUGUUUGGUCUGCAGAACCAUCACUUUCUGGUCUUUCUUUUUAAUUCUUAUUUUUUUAUACGUUUGUUGACCUUUUCUCACAGUCUACAACUAAAAGCCUUUGAAAUCAAACAGUGCCUAGAGUGUUUAUCUUAAGUUAUACUUCUCUUGUUUCUGCAGUACUGAUGUUGAAGUUGAUGAUCGAUAUUGAAAAUGGGUGAAGGGCAUCGUCAAGCCGCUGCACAGAUGAAUAGAAUAGAAAUACCCGGCUUCUUUGGUGAUCUGUACUAGAGGAAGCUAAGCAGACUCAAGCUCAACUGCCUUUUGUUUACACAUACAUCGCAUACACAGUAACUACUCGUUACGUUUAUCUAAACACAAAUUAGGAGACUUGUCGCUAAUAAAAGAAAACUUUCAUGUUUUAACCAUUGAUUUUUUAUUGCUUUAAU